CACUGGAUAACCGGCUAUCUUGACGCCCGCUGGAAAUGUAACUCAGCUGGAAAUGUAACGCAGCUGUAAAUAGAAUGAUGUACAUCUGUUACUAUUGUUCAGCGGUGUAUGAGGUGUACAGAGACAUUAUACAUCAUCUUAUCCAAAAACAUGACCACAAAUGCCUGAAGUACAAAGAGAAAGAACUGAACUCUGAAACUGGAAAAUUUGGGUAUAGAACUAAAAGUUUCGAGGAUAUUAUUCCAAAAGAGUGCAAAAUAAGUGUAACAAGCGAUAAUGUUAUAUCCCUUUCAAAGGACAGAGUGGACAGACAUUGUACAACAGAUGACAGUUUUCUAACAUCUGCAAGACUUUACGGGUAUCAAUCACAACCGCAAAUAAAAGAAAAAUAUAAGGAACUGUAUCAUUGUUAUCAUUGCACAUUAGGAUUUAAAUUAUACAACGAUAUUUUACAUCAUUUGUUAACAGUUCAUUCAAAGGAAGAAUUGAAAUACAGAAAACUCGAGCUUGAUUUCAGUUCUGGUAAAACCGGUUACCGUACUCAAUAUGUAAGAGGAAAUAUUAAAAAAAGAAGCUUUGAAACAAAUGAAUCAUCAGUAAGUUACGAAAGAAAUUCAGAAAAUGAAAUUAAUUUGUUUUUGAAUAUUGGAGCAGAUGAAGAAAAAUCACAGAAGAACAAUGAUGAUUCUGUGGAAGAAGAUGACGUAAAGUAUCUGAAAGAAAUCCUACCAGUAGUUUUAGACAAACUUCGAGAACACGGACAGCUAGAUUUGUACAAAAAGUGGUGUUCUUUAGUUGCAGCAGAUAAGUUUCCUCUAGAUAAUAUAUGCUAUCUCCUUUUUCUGGAUGUUAUACAGUGGUAUUCCAAUCCUAUUACUUCACAAAUGCGUUAUUUUCAGUCCGAAACAUUGAAAUUUUGGGAAGUAGGCUAUAGGCUGUUCAAAGGAAAAUUCUUACGAUUCAUGUCUGGGCCUCGAAGUACCGGACAAGUUGUGUCAGGUGAACAGUCUAAAGGCUACUGCAGUUCAAUAGAAUCAAACGUUAACUUCGCAGUACCAUCCCUAAGUGUACUGAAUCAGGAAAGUUUAGAUCCAAUAUAUCCUGGAAUUUUAAACGAAAGUAUUGCUAAACUAGCUGAACAUCUCCAAACAAACAUAAUAAAAAUUGGCAUUGAUGGUAAAAAAAUCGCACAAGGAAAAGGAAAGCAAGCUGGAGAUAUAGAUUGUUGGGGAUUUGAAAAUGAGCCUACUCUUAAAGACCGAAAGGAGAGAUACAAAGAGGAAAAGAAUAUAAUUUCUGGAAUUUCGCAAUAUGUAGAGGCGUUUGAUGAAGAACAUAUUUCCGAUAGAGAAGUGUUGAAUCUCAAAAUUAAGCUUCAGCGACUGUUUAAUCUGAUAGGCUUGCGAUUAAAAGAUCUAAGGGAAGUCGCUUUAAAGGUUAGCCAAGGUUUAUCCAAAUUUCUUAAAUUAGCAUGCUGUGAAAAUGGAGACUGGAAGAAGUCAAGAUAUGCACCGGUUAUAAGCAGCUUAAAAGUGAAGAAAUAUGACGUGAAUUUAGCCAUAGAAACAGGACUACAUUUAGUAAAUGAGCUCGGAGCUCAACUGGUGAAAUUAAAUGGGACGGAACAUCUAUAUUCAAAAUCAGGUACUGUAAAUAUGUCAAAUCAAGGAAAUUAUCAUGAUUUAGAGGAGAAUAGUAACGUACAAGAUACACGUUACAUUAAGCAAAGGACGGAACAAUGGCAUGCUGUUCGUAGAAAGGCCUUGGUGACAGGUAGUACAUGUAAUACAGCCCUUGGGUUGGGGAAAUUAAAAGACCAACAAAGCCAUUUCGAUAAAUUUGUGCUAGGUAAAGAAGUAGAGGACCAGUUUUCACAACAACAACGAGAAAACAUGAAAUAUGGAACUGACCAUGAAAUCGAUGGUAUUGCCACAGUUGUUGGCCGUGUACUACCAGCAUUAUACCAUGAUCAAGAAUAUUUUGAAGAAGGUUGUAUUGAAGUUCCCUACGGCGAUAAGAAGUCGUUUUUAGUGGUGAGUCCAGACGGAAGUCUUCGAGAAGACGCGAACUCAGAACCUACCAUGAUGUAUGAAAACAAAUGCAAAACACCUAACGAAUACACCACGGAUGUAUAUUACAAAAUUCCACUCUAUUACAUUCCGCAACUCUUAUGUGAAAUGCAUGCAUAUAAGUGUUCGGACCUAUUAUUCACUUGUUGGUCAGAACAGUCUACAACCGUUUUCAGAGUUAUCUUUGAGGAUGCAGUAUGGGGCACUAUUUGGGAAUCAUUGUGCAACUUAUAUGGGUCAAAAGAGCCUAAGCGACCUACACGUUUCCAAGAAAAUAUCAAAAGUUUAAGGAAGAAAGUGGCAGAUUUUGCCGAUACGAAUGUGGUAUUCGUUGGGGAGUUCCCCUCGUGUCAUGCAUUUCGUUCAUCAGGGAUUGGAAUUGACGAAAGCGAAACAAAUUCAUACCAAACCCAACGAACGGAUACAUCGAAAAUAAACUCAGAUAUAGAUGUGGAGAUAAUUCUUACUUUCUUACGCAGUGUACAUAAGUGGCAGAAGGAGUCGUAUAACAUUUGCAGAACUGUUGCAACCGAAAUACUGAUGUUCAUGGCGAAUGAUUUAGACAGAUAUUACAAACAAGAGAUUAGCAAUGCCCAUCCCAUAGCAUACGCCUUGAAGGGUCCUAGUAUGACAAAUGAAUGUUUCGCUAAGAUGGUAGCACAUGUCAUACAGUCUUGUGAACAGAAAGGACUGCAAGUAUUAGCUACAUCAAGUGAUGGACAAUGGCAUAAGUUUGGAGUGAGGAAUUGGGACAGUAAGCCCUUAACUGUGUAUCAGUUUCAAAAAGAUGUUUGGAAUGAAGAAAAAGCAAAACCUAAAAGUUCAGUACUUUCUGAGAUACGUGGAAGAUAUAUAGUUAGAAGCUUAGAUGAUAUAAAAAUUGAAAAAAGCAUCACCGGAUCGUUAAUUGUUGCCGGACAUACCAAAGAUAAACCACUGAUAGUGUACCAGGGUCCAGAUGACCGAUUUCGAGAAAAACAAAAAGAUAGUGAAAUUGAAGUAGACGUGACUGAUUCGUUGGAAAAUCCGUUCGAAAUCACCUCAUACGUUGAAGAAUAUUCCAAUAAUACAUGCGCUCCUGAUAAUCAGACGGCAGAUCAUUUCCUAGCCUACGUCCUAAGCGACGAACAAUCAGUCAAAGAUAAAGUGACAAGAGACGAGUUCUUACAAGACAAUUGUGAAGCAGGUAAUUCAAGAGACAACAAUAACAAUUCAAACGACGACGAAAUUGAAGAUGAAAUCAGCUACCAUGAAUCAUAUAGCUUACUAUCCGGAUGCGACAAUAUCAUGAGUGCUAACGAAGGAUUUAUGAACCUUUUAAGGGAUCCGUAUAAUGAAAAGAAUGUUGAGCACAAAUGUUGUUCAGAUCAUCAGAUGCAUACUUCUGUUACAGACGAAAUGUCUGUUGAUAACACAUUGAAUGCUGCCAUACAUAAUGCCCAUUCAGUCUUAUAUACAGAUGUCGACCUAAAUGAAUGCGCUAAUAACACAACACACGAUUGUAUGCAUAGCAGCAACGUAGCAACUGCGUAUAAUGAAGAGCUAGAUACACUUGAAUCGUCUGGUCAAGAAAACGAAAGUACUCGUACGUUACAUCAAAAUGAACAUAUAUUGACAUUUCCAUGUGAUUUUUCAAACUUAACAAACACGCCUCCUGAAAUCGAGACACAAACAACAGAUAAUGACGAGAUAAACGCUAUGUUGAAGACGCUACAAGAGACCAGCUCAGUACGAACAAAGAGUAAAUGGCUUAAGAUGAACGAUGAAAGUUUGGCGAAAAUUUUAACUGACCCCGAGUUGAUGUGCAAAGCAAUGACAAAAAGUGAUAUGCUUCUCUGCAACAGUGCACUGGAAGCAUGUCGUGAAAAACUGAUGAAUAUCUGUAAGUCAUGGUCUAAAAAGAAAAUAGCAGAAUCUUUGGUAAAUGCAUUUAAGUCACAGCAGACAAUGGUUAGUCAAACAAAAGUGAGAAAAACUAAGAAACAGUCCCCAAAGACAUUGAAGAGGAUUGCUUCUGAUUGUGUGAAAAAAAUAUCAAAGGAGAUUUUAAAUGCUGUAAUGUGUGAAAAUAAAUGGGAAGAUUGUUUUAAAAGUUGGGAAAAAGAAUCGCUAACAAAGGAAAUACAUUUUGAUGAAAACAACAACGACAAACAAUACAUAACAUGGUUUUCAAAACCACAUAAAGAUGAGGACCUGAAAAUUCGAUUCCAUUACACGGAUUGUUCUCAUAUUCUUACGUGCUUAAGGACAAAAAUUUGUACCUCUGGAAUUUCUGGGCUCAGUAAACAAGCAUGGAUUAAUGCAGCUGUGAGUGACGAAACUUGUCUUAAUGUUGGGAUAGUUAUAGAAUGUAUAGAUAAACAAAGUGUAGCAUUUGCUAAACGUGUUUUCGCUGAAGAUGUAGAAAAUUAUAUGGAAUGCAAAGGCUACACAAAUGAAGCAAGAUUCAUCCGAUUGAUCAGAAGAUGGUAUGAGGCUGAGGACGAUCCCGGUAUUACGGCACGCGAUCGUUGUUAUAGACGGUUGGAACUUAGAAACUAUUUAUUAGAAAAAGUUAACUUUGGCAGAUUUCCACCCAAAACAAAUUACGUAGGAGGUAUACCUAUUGUAACUUUUGAAGCUCUGCUUGUUCAUAUAGACAGAAAACUGCAAAUUUAUGGACAUCUGCCUGGAUCUGGGUACAACGCAAGAGCUUUAGGAACACAAGAGGUCGAACAGUUUUUCAGUUCUAUGAGAGAUAUGGACCCAUGUGGUUUAGGAACGCCGAAACCGGAUGACAUUCCACAUAUGGUUGCAAAGGCUGCCUUUCUUGAUAAUAUCAGACUUGAUCCAGAUAGGGGCUUUUACAUGAAGACAACAAAGUCUGCCGUGUACCCAGAACCAGAAUACCAUACACAGGACAGGAGCCAGUACAUUUGUGACAGCAACAAUGAAAGAAGCAGUAUUGUAGUUAGAGAUCAUUUCUUUGAUAGGAAUGAACGAAAACGCUUGAAACCCAAACGGAAAAGUGGUGACAUUAGCGCUCCAGAUUGUCCCGCAAAAAGACAGCGUGGUGUAAGACAACACCAUGCCAUUGACGAAUCAAAAAUGUUUGCACAUCACAGAAAGGGAAUGACAGAUAUAUGAUUUUUGAAGACUGCCUGUGCCAUGUGCGUUAUGUGCUUUCACACUUUAUGACAUUUUAAUGGAGUAAACUUAGAAAUGCUAGCUGGAAAGAAACUAUCAUGUGGCAGCUUUACAGUCAAAAUGUAAAGGAAAAUAAGUGAUACAUGAUUUAAUGUUUAUUGCAAAACUAGUUUUUAAUCACAAAUUUGAACAAAAACCUUACAAGAUAACAACUUCAACAAAACGUAUUGUUUAUUACAUAAUGUUGUAUUUAGAAUACUAUCGUUAUAAAGACAUUUAUAAUUCUUUAUGUCUCUGAGGAACAAUGUUUCCCCUUUGUAAAAAGAUCAGGUACAGUAUGUUUUUAUAAAGGAAAACAUAUUCUGGAAUUCAGUUAUCUAUGAGAAUCACUGUGUUCAUGUUAGUGUCAACGAGGAAUUCAUUCUGAUAAUUUAAACAAUGUUUCAAAAGAUUUAUAGACAUAUAUGAUGCUUCAUGUUUUUGAGAAACACUGUGUUAUUUCUGUAAAAAUAAAAUUCUGUUAGAAACAAUGUUUUGAAAUUUAAUUAUCUAUGAGAAUGACUUUGUAGAUAUAAAUGUCUAUGAGAGAUAGCUUUUAUUACAAAAUACAAAUAAUAUUGAAUGGCAUAUACAACUACA